AUGAAUUUUGAGGACAUACUAACAGAAGUGGGCGAAUUUGGUUACUAUCAAAAACGUACUGCCGUUUUAUAUUUGGCUGCAUCGGCACUAUUAUUACCGUUUUAUGCGAUAACAGCUAUAUUUAUGAUAUCGACACCAAAACAUUGGUGUAAUGUCAAUCAAUUGGCUAACCGCACCAUUGAUGAGCAAAUAUCACUUAUUAGUCCGGCAGUGAUCGACCCAUACUAUGGCACUGAAACACACGAUUCAUGUAAUAUGUAUGAUAUUGAUUAUAACUAUUUUGUAACAAAUGAGGCCAACAUUUCCACAUAUAAGUCGGCAAUGAAUAUAUCGGUACUGCCGGUCAAGCCGUGCAGUGAUGGCUGGUCUUAUGAUCAUUACUUUUAUGACAACAAUGCCGUUACAGUAUUAGAUCUGGUAUGUGAUCGAAGCAAUUAUGUUAGUUUGACUUUCAAUGUCGCAAGUAUUGGCACAUUAGUGGGCACACCGUUUUUUGGUUGGCUGUCCGAUAAAAUCGGUCGUCGGCGUACAUAUCAAAUAACAUUGUUUGUUAUAAUCGCAACAAUAUUAAGUCCAACUAUACUUAGAGAUCUAACAAGUUUUCUAAUAUUUCGUGGAUUUACUGGACUAAUUGUUCCCUCAUUUUAUCAAUUGCCAUUUAUUAUACUUGUUGAAUUGGUUGGUCCGUCUUAUCGGACACUAAUGAAUUCGGUUGCAUGUAUUGGUUGGGUUAUCGGUAUGUGUUUUGUGCCAUUGGUUGCAUACCUGACCCGCGAUUGGGCGCUAUUGAAUGGUAUAUGUGUUGCCACUGUAGCCAUAUUUUUCUGUUAUUGGAAACUAUUACCCGAGUCUCCGCGUUGGCUGAUAAUGAAUCAGAAAUAUACCGAAGCUGAGCGACAAUUGCAGGAAAUGGCUAAACUUAACGGUAGACCUCCAGUUCAACAUCUGAUGGAAAAGUUGAAAGCAGUCGGCAAAUCCAUGUCCAAUGAGAAUCAAGCGACUGAAAAGGUAGACAACGCUUUAGUCGUAUUUUUAAAGAAUCCAAUACUUCGGCGAAAUUUAAUUAUAAUGUCAGUUAAUUGGAUGAUCUGUUCGGGCAUUUAUUAUGGCAUCCAAAUGAAUGUCUAUAACUUUUCCGGCAACGAGUUUAUCAACUUUUUCCUAUUGUCUGUUGUCGAGAUACCAGCCUAUUUGGUCGGUUGGUUUUCUAUGGAAACACGAUUAGGUCGGCGCUGGACAUUCGCAUUAUUUAUGUUGUUGUGCGGUCUAUCACUAUGUGUGCCGGCUAUAACUCCGGUCGAGUAUCCCGUUGUCAGCACUGUUAUGGCAAUGUUAGGCAAGUUUUGCGUUACACUGACUUUUAUGAUAGUCUACCAACAGGGCGCCGAACUAUACCCGACGGCAAUACGUAAUCAGGGUCUAGGCAUCGGCACUAUGGCCUCAAUGGUGGCCAAUAUUAUAAUGCCUUAUGUCGUGUUUUUGACUGAUCUCUGGAUUUCAUUACUAGUGUUAGGAAUAUUAGGCAUAAUAAUUAGUUUUGUUAGCACUAUAUUACCGGAAACAUUGAAUGUUAAUUUACCGCAAACUAUACACGAAGGCAGUGUUUUUGGUAAAAAUCAAAAAUAUUUUUCAUUUGCAAACACAAAAUCUAUAACAAAAAUUGCGGACAAUAUCGAUGCUAAAGAAUUAGAAAAUCUAAAUGCUUUUCAUUAA